GCCCUACCCGUGAGUAAGAGAGAGAGAGAGAGAACCAGCAUGUUGACUCACGACCUCACUUAAAGUGGUAAAGCAGAGGAUCAACAGCUUCCAGAUGGUAAAGCUCGAGGAAAGUGGAAGGUCGCAGGAGGCUGUCGUAUCCAUUCUCACUCUCACACCAUGUGCGCGCACACAUGCUUUGCGUUCAUGCGCAGAGCAGCCGAGGACGGCCGACGUCUUCCCAGGAGGGAAUCAUUUCUUUGAACGGUUUGAUUUUUAAACCCUAACGAGGCCUGCAGCGGAAUGGAAGAGAGCGAAGAAGCGAAGGCAGCAGCGGCGUUGGGGGAAAAACAGAAGCUUCGUCGGACGUCAUCGAGAUCGUCCACCGCCAGUGUUAGCAGCUUCGCCGAGCCCUCGCCGAGAACGCUCCGCAGAAAUAACUCCAAAAAACCUCUGCUGCAGAGAGGGAGCUCCUUCACCUUUCUCACUCCAGGGACACCUUGGGACUUCAGUCUAAAGCGAAAACGCAAAGAAAAGGAAGACGACACGGUCAGCCUGUCCAGUUUCGACAUCAAGGAGCCAACGCACAAGAAAGGACGACCGCUGGCCAGAGUGUCGUCUCUCGUCAAUUUCAUAUCGCCUUCCAAGAAUGCAGCAGUGCGACGUUUUGGUCAGACCAUCCAGUCCAUGUCGCUGCGAGGGGACGGCAAGUCUCCGGGCACGUCGCUGCGCGGCGGCAAGGCGGCGGCGGCGGCUCCCACGCCCACCAAGCGCCGCAGCAGCAUGCUGUGGUCCGAGACGCUGGACGUUCACCAGAAGAGCGCCUUCUCCUCCAAGGAGAUCAAGAGGCAGGAGGCUAUUUAUGAGCUCUUCAGGGGCGAGCAGGAUCUCAUCGAGGAUCUUCAGCUGGCGCGAAAGGCGUACCACGACCCCAUGCUCAAGCUGUCCAUCAUGACGGAGGAGGAACUGGCGCACAUCUUCGGGGAUCUGGAUGCCUACAUCCCGCUGCAUGAGGAUCUCUUGACAAAGCUGACUGACGGAACGAGCCCCGACGGAACGGUGGCUCAGAUAGGACAAAUUGUCAUCGACUGGCUUCCGGGCCUGAACGCGUACAGAAACUACUGCAGCAACCAGCUGGCGGCCAAGGCGCUCCUGGACCAGAAAAAGCAGGACCGGCGGGUGCAGGACUUCCUGCAGCGCUGCCUGGAGUCGCCCUUCAGCCGCAAACUGGACCUGUGGAGCUUCCUGGACAUCCCGCGCUCGCGCCUCGUCAAGUACCCGCUGCUGCUGCGCGAGAUCAUGAGGCACACGCCCGCCGAGCACCCGGACGUCGCCCACCUGGAGCGGGCGGUGGCGAUCAUCCAAGAGAUCCUGUCGGACAUCAACGUGAGGAAAGGCGAGCGCGAGUGUCAGUACUACGCCGACAAGUUGGAGUAUCUGGAUGACAAGCAGCGCCACCCUUUGAUUGACAGCUGCACCAGCCUCUUAUGUCACGGCGAGCUCAGGAACAAGAGCGGCUCGAGGCUGCACGUGUUCCUGUUCUCGGAACUGCUGGUCCUGACGCGGCCGGUGACGCGCAACGAGCGCAGCUGCUUCCAGGUGUACCGGCAGCCCAUCCCGGUGCGCGACCUGGCGCUGGAAGACCUGCAGGACGGAGAAGUGCGCCUGGGGGGCUCCUUCAGGGGGGCCUUCGCCAACGCCGACAAAGCAAAGAACGUUUUCCGCGUGAGCUCGUCAGACCCGUCCCACGGCCAAUCGCACACUCUGCACGUCAACGACGUCUACCACAAGCAGCAGUGGCUCAACUGCCUGCGCGGCGCCAUGGCGCCGCACGUCCCCCCUGGCGGCGCCGCCGCCACGCGGGCCAAGCGGCGCUCGUCCGCCGUCUACGACGGAGACGAAAACUGUCCGCCGGCGGGACCUCGCCUCAGGCCGCAAAGGUCGCGGACCUCCAUCAACAGGAAAGAGACGGGAGUGUAGAGGUGAAUGAAUGAAUGAAUGGCUGAACCACUCCUUUCAUGUUUUUAAACACGUGUUGCAGACUGAACAUAAAACGAAAUUACAACCAACC